AUGUUCAUUAGUAUUUUACUUUUUGUAUUUAGUAAUAUUUUUUAUGCAAGAUCAAAUGAAUGGACUGAGAGUAAUGGAGUUAUUGGUUAUUUUCCAGUAGGUAUUGAACGAAAUGGAUGGACUCAUGAAUAUAUAAAAAUUGGAACUAAAAAGAGUGAUGUAUUUUAUUUUAGAAAUGGUUGUUGUACUUUAGAGAAUACCAUUUUUCAAGACUUUGAUACUACUGGGAAGUCUCCAAAAUAUCUACACUUUGAAGAGCCAACAUCAACAAUGAAGUCAUUUGGAUUAAGAACUGUACAUUCUGAAGGAUUGUUAUUUCUAUUUAUGAAAGUUAUUCCAGAUAAAUUUGUAUUAACAUUUGGUUGUUUUGGUAUAGAUGGAUGUAGAACAAAAGUUGCUGAUUCAUCAAAACCAAAUAUUCAUAUUUAUAAUUCUAAUAUUAAUAUCUAUUCUGAUAUAAAUCAGAAAUUUUAUUUUAUUAUUGAAACGGAUUCUACUACUAGAUACAUUAUGAUUGAUGGGGAUUCAGCUCAAACAUUAACAUUUGAUUUUAGUUCUUCUUAUCAAAGUAACCUUCCAAAAUAUUUAUUCACUGGUCAUAACAUUUAUUCAGUGAUAACAUCAUCUUAUUCUAUUUCUAAUGUUUGUAAUAGAAAUGGAAAUGGUAGAUAUGUUAUUUAUGAAUUAAUUGAACCAUUAUCUGAUUGUAAUUGUUCACUAACAACUUCAACACCAAAUAUUUCAGUUUUAUCUAACUGGAAUUAUCCUGAUUGUGUUAAAAAUUCUUCAAUGUAUGAUUUAAAUCUUCCAAAUUUUGAAACUAUUCAAUUAAAAGAUUUAAACCAUUGGAAUUCAAUUAAUUUUAAAACAAAAACAAAGGUUAUUGAUAUAAGUUCUAUCGGUAAAUUAAUUGUAAAAACUCUUGUCCUAUCUUCUUCAAAUGAAAUUAUAUUUAAUGGUAUUGUUAUUGUUUCUUCUUUAACUGUAAUUUCACCUUCAUAUUGUAUCUUUAAUGAUAUUCAAAUAAAUAAUGAAAUAGAUAUUUCAUCUAUUCAUUCACAAGAGGUAAUUUUAUUUACAAGAAUAAUAAAUCAUUUUGAGUCACAGUUUUUGCUUAAUAAUGUAAUGACUUGUGGAAAUAGAUUUGUCCCAAAAGGUGCAUUUUUUAUGUGCCAAUGUAUUUUUGAUGGAUCAAAUUAUAUAGACUCAACACUAAAACAGUUUAUUGAUUGUUAUAAUUAUAAAUUAUAUCCUAGUAAUACUUUAAAUUUAAGAAUUAAUUUCAAUUUAUAUGAAAUUCAAUCAAAUGAAUAUUGGAAUAACGUGACAAUAGAACAAAAUACUUAUUUCAACACAAAUAGUAAAAUUCUUUCAAUUAAAUUUUGUUCAUUUAAUGGGUAUAAUAUUUUUAUUAAUGGUUCUUUGUUUUGUAAGACAUUACAAGUAGAUUCUCAUACUAGAAUUAAGGUAAAUGGAAAUUUUGAAAUAGAACAAUUUAUUAGUAAAAAUGAUUUUUUCAAUAUUAAAUCAGAAAGUGUCAUUUCGUUAAAUGAGAAUAGUUCUUUACACUUUCCAACAAUGUAUUCAGUACAGACAUGUGUUAACUUUGUUGUAUCUCCAACUACAUUUAAAAUGAUUAAUUCUUCAUUCUUAAAUAAUAGAAUGAUUUAUUUAUCUUCUAAUAAACUAGUUCGUAUAUGUCCAGCAAUACAAUUGGAUGAUAGUGUUUAUUGUACUUUAGUUUCUGGUUCAUUAUCAAAUGGAAAUUAUAAAGAAGUAUAUUGUCCAUGUUAUUCUUCAAAUUGUGUUGUUCAAUUAUUACCUUCAAUAUCUUUUUUAGAUAUUGAUCAUUCAUUUGAAGGGAUAGUACAGAUUAACGAUAGUCAUUUGGUUAUUAAACCAGAUGAUUUUAAUUUUUCACUUAGAAUUACUGCAAAUUAUUCCUUUGUUUACUUUCCUUCACAAACAAAAAAUAUAAAUGUUCUUUUUAAAAAUUCGUUAGAUAGUGUUGUUACAUCUGAACAACCAUUUAACCUAAUAAAUGAAAUAAUUCAUUCAACAAAAACAAUAUCAUAUUGUUCUUCAUAUUAUAUAAUGAACAAUGAAGUAUCAUGUUUGGUUUGUGAUGGAAUUAUUCUUAAUGGAACUUGUGUUAAUUAUGAAGUAAUUGAUAUCCCAUAUUGUACAAAGAAAAGUAAGUAUACUUGUGAUGAGUGCAGUGAACAUUAUGAAUUUAUUAAUGGUAUAUGUUCUUUAUGUCCUACCAACUGCCGUAGAUGUAUAAAUAAUAAAUGUGUAUUAUGUGAUGAUUAUUAUCAAAUUGACAGCUAUGGAAGAUGUCAGAAAAAUGAAGAGUUAAAAGUAGUAUCGAACAAAGUAGUAUCAUGUUCUGAAGGUUUUUAUUCAGAUGGAACACAAUGUCUUUCUUGUGAAGAGCAUUGCAUCCAAUGUACAUCAAAAAAGUGUAUUAUUUGUGAAGAUAAUUAUAUUAAUAUUAAUGGUAUUUGUAUUAAGAAAACAAACAGUGAAACUGUUGUUACAGCAACAUCAAUUAUUUCAUGUUCUAAUGGAUAUUUUUUAGAAAAUGGUCGAUGUCUUUUAUGUUCAUCCAAAUUUGAUGGAUGUUCAAUGUGUUCUUCUCAAGAGUGUUAUAGUUGUUUUAAUUCUAGUGAAAUUGUUACAACUGGUAAGUCAUGUUCAUAUGUUGAUUGUGUGUCAAGUCAUAGUCAUUUUAUUUCUUGUAAUGAUAAAGCAAAAUAUUUUGAUGGAACUGACUGUAUUUAUUGCAAUGAAAAUUGCAAAUAUUGCGUUAACAAUAAAUGUGUUGAAUGUUUUUCUGGUUAUAUUUUAAAUUCUUUAGGUCAAUGUAUAAAUAAAGAAAAUGUUACAAAUUGUGAACAAUAUGUUCAUGGACUUUGUGUAAAAUGUACUAAUAAAAUGUAUGUCUCAAAUUAUGAUUGUAAGGCUUGUCCUGAACAUUGUUUAGAUUGUUUAAAUUCGGAGUAUUGCUUUAAAUGUGAGAAUGGAUAUACUUCUAUUAAUGGGUCAUGUGUUUUAUCUUCUUUAGUUAUACAAAACUGUCAAUUUUUAUUUUCUAAUAAUGAAGGAUGUGCUGUCUGUAUGAAAGGAUAUUACAGAUCAUCUUCAUUAUGUAAAAAAUGUAAAAGUCAUUGUUCAUCAUGUCAAACAGAUUUACAAUGUUUAGAAUGUAAUGAAAAUUAUUAUCUUUCGAUGAAUGGGUCAUGUCUUUCUUAUGAAUUAUUAAAAAAUUGUAAAUUAAAGACAUCUACUGGGUGUGAAGAAUGUAAUAUUGGUUAUACUUUAAAAAAUAAAGAAUGCAUUCAUUGUUCUUAUAUUUAUGAAGGGUGCUCUGAAUGUAAUUCUUAUCAAUGCAUUUCAUGUACUGAUGGAAUAUUGAAAAAUUAUCAAUGCAUACCAUUAUCACAAUUAAGUCAUUGUAUUUCAGUUGAAAAAAGGAUUUGUUCACAAUGUAGUUUCUGGUAUCAACCUAGCAAUGAUGGGACAUAUUGUCAAAGAUCUCCUGUAUGGUGGGUAAUUAUAUUAGUCAUAUUGGUGAUUCUCUCAAUAACUAUUAUUAUUUUAAUAAUUAUUGGAUGGUUCAGUAGAACAUAUUAUAGAUAUAAAACACAAAAACAAUAUGAAAAAGAAAAUAGUUUCUUUAAUAUAAGAUAUUGUAAUAUUGUAUUUAUGUCACUACCUUAUAAUAACCAAAUAAUGGUAAAUAAAAGUAUAAUAAAAUUUAAAGAAGAAAAUGAUGAUGAUUUUCCUGAGCUGAGUGUUGGAAAAGAAAUAAGAGAAAUUCUUUGUAUUGCAAAUUCAACUAAAGAAACAAUUAAAGUUCAAUUAACAACCAAAGAAGAAAAUAACAGAUAUUUAUUAAGAACUAAUCCUCAAAUAGUCACUAUUCCAAAAGGAAAAGGAUGUGAAUUUGAUGUAUUUGUUACACCAUUAUGUUCCUGUACUGUUGAAGAUCAGAUGGUUAUUACUUCAAAAAAUAUUCGUACAAAAAUUGAACAAACCUGUACUAUUCAAAUAUCAUUCAAAACGAAAUUAUCAACAAGAUUAGACUAUACUGAAUUUAAAGAAAUAAAGAAAAAAGGAGAAGGUUCAUUUGGUAUUGUUUAUGAAGGAAUAUUUAGAGGAAGGAAAGUUGCAAUAAAAAAAAUGAAGAAUUUAGAAGAUAAUGAAGAAGUUAUGGAGGAAUUUGAGAAAGAAGUUUCUAUGUUAGAUAAAUUUAGAUGUGAUUAUAUUAUUAAUUUCUUUGGAGCAUGUUGUUUAAAAGACCAUAUUUGUAUAGUUACAGAAUAUGCAGAGUAUGGAUCAAUUAGAGAACUUAUUGUAAAGAAGAAAGAAAGCAUUCCAAAAUUAGCAAUCCGUUUAAGAUUUCUUCUUGAUGCUGCUAAAGGAAUUCAAUAUCUUCAUAACAAUAAUAUAUUACAUCGUGACAUUAAACCAGAUAAUAUUUUAGUAAUGUCUUUUGAUGAAAAGAAUACUGUAAUGACUAAACUAACAGAUUUUGGAAGUUCAAGAAAUAUUAAUAUGUUAAUGACUAAUAUGACAUUUACCAAAGGAAUUGGAACACCAAUAUAUAUGGCACCAGAAGUUCUUAAUCAAGAAAAAUAUAAAAAGGAAGCUGAUAUAUAUUCAUUUGCAAUUACUAUGUAUGAAGUUGGUCAAUGGAAUGACCCAUUUCCAAAAAAUGAUGAAAGAUUUGGUUUUCCAUGGAAAAUAGCAGAAUUUAUUACAUCAGGAAAAAGAUUAGAACAACCACCUUUAAUUCCAGAAAGUCUUUAUUCAAUAAUAACUCAUUCAUGGACACAAAAUCCAAAACAAAGGCUCUUAAUAUCUUCAAUAAUUAAUUCAUUAAAAACAAUUAUAAACACACAAUAA